AAUUCAAUAUUCAUAUGAGAUAUUUUAUCACAGUUGCACCAGCUGAAGUUGUGGUUUCAGGACCGAAAGAGGCGAAACCAGGAGAAACAGUCACUAUUACUUGUGCAACAAGUCGCAGUAACCCAGCCGCCGAUAUUAACUGGCUAGUAGAUGGACAGCACGUGGAGGGGGCAAAUACUAUUACAGCUGAUCCUGAGGGUGGGUGGAUAUCUAACUCUAAUAUUACUGUCAUCAUUCAAUCCCAGGAGAGAUUGUCGAAGAUUUUUCAGUGCUUCGCUGCAAACAAAGAUCUAGGAGAAACUAUUGUGGAAUCAUACGUUCUAAGUAUCCUGUAUCCCCCUGAACCCCCAAACAUCCUUGGCUAUUCUGAGGAGAAACCGAUACGAGCCGGAGAGAUGCAGCGGAUAACGUGCGUUUCCAAUGGCGGAAACCCUCUUCCUGCUUUGAAAUGGUUUAGAGGAGAUGAAGAGGUCAACUCAGUCACUACUACCAACGGCAAUGUCGUCAACAGUGAAGUUUCCAUAGUGAUCAGAGAAAGCGACAACGGCGUACAAUACCGUUGUGAGGCUAGCAACUCUGCUUCAGUCAAACCCCUAAUUUCUAAAAUGAAUUUGAAUGUUCACUUUCCACCAUCUAGGGUAACCAUAAAGUUGAAACCAGAAAAGCUGAGAGCUGGUGGUAAGGUGUCUCUUGUUUGUGAAUCAGCCAGUAGUAAUCCGGUUUCCGUUAUCACCUGGUGGCACGAUGGCUUUCUCCUUCAAGGAACACCAGGUAGCGUUUUAAAUGCAACUCAUGGCGGAAAGUCGUCGAGGAAUAUACUACAAUUAAACGUGACAUCAGAUGAUAAUGGGUCCAAAUACACGUGUCAAGCUAUGAAUGAAGCGAUGGAGAUUAGUGUACAUUAUACUGUUACAUUAAAUAUAUCACAUAAGCCAGAGUUUUACAAAAGCCCUAUGGAAAUCUACGAUAUUGUAGAAGGAAAGUCUACGUUUAUUAACUUGACUGCCAGGGGGAACCCUAAUAUCAUCACCUACAGAUGGGCAAAAGUAGGAAAUCCUGUAAUCAAUAUUCAAGAGGACAGAAAGUUAAACUACUUUAAAAAUGUUGGUGUUUCCUCCAAUGGUCCAAUUCUGAAAGUCACCAACGCAGUAAGAACUGAUGGUGGUAAAUAUAAGUGCGAGGCUACCAAUGAAGAAGGAGCAUCAGAAAUAAUUAUCGUCCUGAACGUGCAAUAUCCAUCUUUCAUAACCAAGUUAAGUGAAAUAACAUUGGUCGAUCGUGGUGCCAGUGUUGACAUAGAAUGUGUGGUCGAUGCCAACCCAGUAACUGAUAACAUUAUCUCGUGGCGUCGGAAUCACUACGAAAUGAAUCGAACUAAACAAUCUUUCGAAGAUGGCCGUUCGCUUUUGACGAUUUACGACGUGUCUUGGGAAGAUUCAGGAGUUUUUGAAUGCAUAGCAGAUAAUGGUAUUGGAGAGAAGAACCUGAAAAAAGCCUACCUGGUGGUGAAACACAAACCCAUCAUUGAUCAGUCACCACCUCUAUUAAAAGCUGCCAGUGAAAAAGAUGAAAUCGCCAAGAUUACAUGUCGAGCCAAGGGUGCGCCAAACAUCACUUUUACAUGGUCACGCGAGGGCGCCACUGUUAGUGAUAAUGUCAGACCUGACAAAUAUUAUACUGAAACAUCAGUGCUUGACUUAACUACGUGGGAGAGUGUUCUGUACGUGAAACGUGUCAAAAACCAUGACUACGGGGAGUAUGAAUGUGUGGCCAAAAAUGAGCUAGGAUUCGAUAAUACGAAGAUUAUCCUGGAAUCUAAACGUGGAGUUCCCGACAAUGAAACAGAGCGUGUGACACGGGAAGUAAUGUCUGAGAAAAUAGAGAUUCCUCGCAUAAUAAUAACCUGUGUAUCAGUCGUAGGGACGUUUCUGCUCGUCAUUAACAUUGUGCUUGUUAUAUGUUUCGUUCGGCGAAGACGUAAAAAAGGAUUAGAAGAAG